ACCUUCCUCAACCUCAGACAACUGAGUGAACAGGUAGAUUGAUCUGAAUCCGCAAGGACAGCUAGGGAGUAUGUCGGAAUAUGAAAAUGUUGUUGGUGGGAAGCUGAAGCUGAAGGGAAAAGCCCUGGAUGUUAAAGCUGGUGGAGUCAAGAAGAAGAAGAAGCAGAAGAAGCAUUAUGAUGAAAUAAUUGAAGUCAAGGGGAAUGAGCUUUCAACAGGUGGAGGUACAGGGAUGCCCGAUACUAAUGAGGCUAUAAAUGAGGCCAACCAAUUGGGCGGGGAUGGAAAUGUUACUACUCAUAAUGAUCAUCUCACACCUGCUGAGAGGCGGUAUCAUGAGCAGAGGGAGCAAAUUGAACUCCGAAGGCUGGCCAAAACUUCCAAUAAAUCGCACCGUGAUCGCAUUCAGGAUUUCAACCAGUAUCUGGCAAAUAUGAGUGAGCACUAUGACAUUCCUAAAGUUGGCCCAGGCUGAGUUGGCAAACUUAUGAAUGCAAAUAUUGCCCAGGACUCAUCCAAGUAUGAAAUUUUAAUGGUCCUCUGUGGGUACUUGCCCCUGUUUCACUUAUGUCUGUACAGUGUAUAUUUUUCCAUUCUCCCAUUAACAGGAUUGUAUUGAUUUCUGCUGGUAUGAACUUUUAAAAGAAUUUUUGUGCAUUCUGAGAUCUAGUACUGCUGGUUGAUAGAAAUCUACUUUGCAAGUUUU